AUGGUGAAGCCCUUGGAUAAACCGCUCGAUAAGUCAGGUAAACUUGGCGACAAGGAGAAGUCUGUUAACGUAGAAGGCAUGGUAGACGAGACGGAUAACUCCAAGACUAAAGAGGAAGAUGAAAUUUUGAUCAAGCUACUCAAAUCAUUAGAUGAAUAUGAAACAUUAUCUGAGACUUUCAAAGCGGGAUAUCAAGAUAGUUUCCUAGAAUUGUCGAAAAAAAAGUUGAACAACGACUUUGUUAUAGAUUUGAGACCAAGAUUGGCAGCGUUAAAUGUUAUAGAUCUUAAACUUGUAAAUCUACUCAAUGAAAGUGAUGUGAACAAGGAUAAAGGCCCCAAGACUGAUUCAAACGGUCUAAUAGACACCAAAGAAGAUUCAAAUAUAUCACUGAUACGAAAUCGUUUGUCCAAAACCACAAUCCUGAAAGAACCAACGAAGGAAAUAGAAGAAACAUUGCCCAUCACCAAUCCGUUGGAUCAAUUUGGACUCGUGAAUAUGAAACCUUUACAACAAAAAUUCCUCGAUAGCAUUACAACAACACUUGAACUACAUAAGAAACGUACCGAAUUACAAGAGUUAUUAUCCGAAUUACAUGUAUAG